AAGACGUCUAACUUAUCUGUGCGAAUUUACUUGUUUGCUACCCGUGAAGACCCGUUGUUUUAAACAUAUUUGUGGCGUGUCGAGUAGUGCCGUGUGCAAAGCAUUAACUCCGGUCCUGCACUUCCGCACAUUGUUGAAAUUUUUUUUCAAAAAAACUCAUUUCUUUUGUAGUAAUACCCGUUUUCACGAAGGUCAUUGUAUGAGUCAGAAGGCAGAAAAACCAGUCCUACAAGGUCAACGGAUAAAGACCAGAAAAAGGGAUGAAAAAGAAAAGUUCAGUCCUGCUCAAUUCCGUGACUCUGUUGUAAAAGGUUUAAACGACGCUGGCAAAGAUCUUGAUCAGGUAUCUAAGUUCCUUGAUGGGGGCAAACUCGACUAUAGGCGCUACUCAGAGACACUUUUUGACACACUUUUUGCUGGAGGUAUCUUAGCCCCUGGGGGUUUCUUGGUGGAAGAUGGAGCGGAGCGGGCGGAAUGUUGCGUGUUCCAGUCGGAGGACAGUGUCAAGGCUCUCAAGUUAUACAAUGAGAUGUUCUGCAAGCUGAUCCGCAGAUACAAAUACCUAGAAAAACCUCUUUGCGAUGAGGUGAAAAAAGUGCUCAUGUUCCUGAAGGGAUUUACUGAGGAGGAACGCAGCAAACUUGCAAAGAUCACGGGGAUAUUUCUGGCAAAUGGCUUCAUCCCAGCCACUGUGCUCAACAGCUUGUUAGAAGACCAACUAGUGAAACUAGGCUUGGCUCUUGACUUCACCACCAUUAUGUUCUCAACGUGGUUGGCGGAGAGGGAUAUAAACCACAUCUACAGUACGCUAAAGAGGGCCAACAUGGAGGGAAAACUGUUGCUUCUGUUCCCACUCAACAAGCGAACUCAGGAGAAUUUUGAGAAACACUUUAGUGCUGCUGGCCUGAAUGCCAUUUGUGACUACCAGAGGGCGCACCAGAGCUCUGAGGACAAAAAGGAAUUAAAGUCAGAACUUGAAGAAAUGAUCAAGAAUGAGGAGAAUUCCAGUGAAAUCAUACCGUUUGUCAAAGAUCAGAUGAAAAAGAACAACAUUGGGGAAUCUGAGGCUUGUGUACUGGUGUGGAAUACGAUAAUGAAUGCGGUAGAGUGGAACAAGAAAGAGGAGUUGGUAGCUGAGCAGGCUGUGAAACAUCUCCAGCUGUACGCACCCGUCCUUGCAGCUCUCACAAACUCCCACAAGUCUGAGCUUUCCCUCAUGUGUAAGGUCCAGAACUACUGCUUCAGCAACAUUCACCUCAUGAAGGUUUUCCAGCGUAUCAUUGUCCUGUUCUACCAUGCUGACGUCCUCAGUGAAGAUACAAUCAUUAAGUGGUACAAGGAGGCCCACACUAACAAGGGGAAGAGCGUCUUCCUUGAGCAGAUGAAAUCUUUUGUCGAAUGGCUUGAAAAUGCUGAGGAGGAAUCAGAUGAGGAAGAAGAUUAAUGGGGAAAUUCCUCAAUAUUUUCACGAAUAUUUGACAAUUUAUUUGAUGGAGAGACUGAAUCCUUGAAUAGAAAAAUGGCAUAAAUUUGACUAGAACUAGAUCAGUAGAUUUUAAUACCAACCAUGUAUUCACAAAAGCACGAAAAAGUAUAAAAUAAAAUAAAGGUGCAGAAUACUGUAAAUUGCAAGUUCAAAUAUAUAGAGAUGAAUAUUGUAUAAAAGGUUCCAUCUUUGAAGAUAUAAAGAAAUUGAACUUGAUAGUAUUUGUUUCAGAUUAAGUUGAUUCUGUAUCAUCGUUUAAAAGUAUUUGCUAGCUACUAUAUAAGAUAUGUCAAUUUUGGAUGAACUUUUUAUGUAGUGUAUUAUUUGCACAUGUUAAUCUAACAGUUACCUAGCACUUGACAACUGAUAGCUGCCUGCACCAUUUAUGUUUUUGUACCUCUGAUGGGCCUCUAAUUUCACAGAAAUUGUGUUUCUAGAUUUUGGCUAUUGCUAACAUUAUUUUUUAUUUUGAUAUAUUUGAUGUAUGAUAGAUAUGCAAUAAUACAACCUGUCACAGUUGAAUUGAGCACAUAUGUGGCUCUUAGAGCAGAGUAGGGCCAUCUGGAAGCACUGGGUCAAUAAAUGUGCCUGAAAGCAAGAAAUUCUGUGAAAUUGGAGGUACCGCAUUGUAAAUAUCAACAAUAUUGAUGUCUGUGUAUUUUGAUCUUUGUAAGAUCUCAAUUUCAAGGGAGAAUUGGAAUUAUGUAGAGAAAUAAUCAAUUUCAGGAAUAUAAUGGAGAAAAUAUUUUAUAUUGGAAUGUAUACCAAAAGUAAUAACAAUAAAAUACAUGAUAUUAAUGAAGAUGAAUCGUCUUCUUAUUUUCUUCUAGAGAUUGAUAUCAAAGCAUAUACUCUAGGAGCAAAGAAUAACAUUCUACUUAUAUUGUGUUUUCUUUCUUUUAGCGAGAUAAAUUGUGACUUAAAAAGGGUGAAAGCGCUGAAACCAGAACAAAUCGUGGAACUUUCCAUAUAUGACCAGACAAACUUGCUGGGUGUAAAAAUCAAUUGUGCCCAAAAUUUCCUCUAUUUUUCACUUUUGGCAAUUUUUACCCCCACUCGUAAAAUUUAUAGGGGUAGGCUUCAUGAACAUCCAUAAAAAUUUAGGAUUAUCAUUUAUUAGUAUCAAAAUUUCACCUUUUACCAUGAUACACAUGAUAAGAGAUGAGAUUCCAG